AUCAUCAUUAAGUGCAGUUCAACGGUCUUUGGAGGGUUAAAAUAACCCAUUUGGUUUAACAAGGUGAUCCUGUGUGAUUUUCUUCUUUCUCUCCUCCUCUCUCCUCGUCUUUCUCUCUCCCUAUACUGCUUGGCCAACUGACAUAGUAUCCUGUUUUGCAGCCCCCCCUUCUUUUUUCUCUCACUCUAUACCCCUCCUUUUUUCCUUAAAGUCCUUGAUUGGCUUGCAUGGGGAUAAAAUCUGGAGCCUGGGGGAGGUGAGUGACAUUUUGGAGCGAGAUGGCAAGAGGAACGGUGGCCACAUACCUGCAUGGAGUGCUUCUCCUGGCUCUGUGGAAACCUUCGCUGCAAGGAGGUGUAUACAUACCAAAUGCUGGAGGAGCUGGAGCUGUUGCAGGAGUUGGGUUUGGACCAGGCAGCACAGGAACAGGAUUUGGCCCUGGAGGAACUGGUUUCCAACCUGGUGGUGGAGUUGGACAAGGUGUUGGUCAAGGUGGAGGAGGAUAUGGUGGACAAGAACCUGGGGGGUUUGGACCAGGAAGUGUAGGACUGGGAGGAGUUGGACCAGGAGGUGUUGGACCAGGUGGAGUUGGACCAGGAAGAGUUGGACCAGUGGGGGUUGGGCCAGGGGGAGUCGGAUCAGGAGGAGUUGGACCUGGUGGAGCCGGAUCAGGGGGGUUUGGACCAGGGGGAGUUGGACCGGGAAUAGUUGGACCAGGGGGGUUUGGGCCAGGGGGAGUCAAACCCGGAGGAGUCGGACCAGGAGGAGUCGGACCAGGAGGAGUCGGAUCAGGAGGAGUUGGACCAGGUGGAGUCGGACCAGGGGGAAUUGGACCAGGAGGAGUCGGACCAGGAGGAUUUGGACCAGGGUCAGUCGGACCAGGAGGAGUUGGGUCAGGGGGAAUCAGACCAGGAGGGAUUGUUCCUGGGGCUGGUGGGAAACCUCCAAAAACAGGUGGCUACGGUGGACAGGGAGCAGGACUGGGAGCAGGAGGUGUAGGGACCGGAGGAUAUGGACAAGGUGGUUUUGGUCCUCAACGCUAUGGAACUGGGUCUGGUGAAGUUGGUCCAAGUGGUUUUGGACAAACAGGCACUGGUCCAGGAUAUGGAGGCCUUGGAGCAGGGGGGCUGGGUGGAGGAGGCCUUGGUACAGGAGGUCCUGGUACUGGUCUGGGUCAAGGAGCUGGAGCAGGCUACAUACCUGGAGGUGGCUAUGGAGGAUAUGGUGGGGGUUAUGGACCCAAACCCCCCAAGACUGGUGGUGUUGGAACAUCACUUGGAAGAACAGGUUACGGCCCUGGUGGAACAGGGGUUGGGCCAAGUGGUGCAGGAAUAGGUUCUGGGGGUACAGGGCUUGGGUCAGGUGGAGCAGGAGUUGGUCCUGGUGGAACUGGACUUGGGCCAGGUGGAGCAGGAGUUGGUCCUGGUGGAACUGGACUUGGGCCAGGUGGUGCAGGAGUUGGUCCUGGGGGAGCAGGGUUUGGACCAGGUGGUGGAGGAAUUAAUCCUGGGGGUGCAGGGUUUGGACCAGGUGGAACUGGGCUCAGGCCAAGUGGAGCAGAAGUUGGUCCUGGGGGUACAGGAUUUGGACCAGGAGGAGCAGGAAUCGGUCCUGGGGGAGCAGGGUUUGGACCAGGUGGAACUGGGCUUGGACUAGGUGGAGCAGGAGUUGGUCCUGGGGGUACAGGAUUUGGACCAGGAGAAGCAGGAGUUGGUCCUGGUGGAGGCGGUCCAGUGCUGCCACAGACUGGUACAACUGGUGGAGGACCUGGAGGAAAGAGUGGUGGUAAAGCAUCAAUGCAAGUUCCAGGAGUUGGGGUGCCUGGACUCUAUCAAGGUGGAUUUGUUCCAGGUCAAGGUUUUGGAGGCCGUGGCAUUCUCCCAGGAGUGGUUACAGGAAAUGGACUUGGGCCUCAAACUGGAGCCGGAGUACUUGGUCAAGGUGGGGCAGGACCAGGAGGAGCAGCCAAUGGGCGAGGUCAACAAUUCCCAGGAGUUUUUCGUGGUUACCCACUCAUAACACCAAAAUCAGGCACAGGGAAAUCAAAGAAACCAGGCAAAGCAGCUGCUAAAUAUGGGGGAGCUGGAGGAGGCACCAUUGGUCAGGGAGGCACAUUAGGGGGCGGGGCUGGAAGACUUCCUGGAGGGGGAGUCAUACCUGGAGUAGGCGGGGGAGUUGGAACAGGAGGGGUAUCUGGUGUAGGGGGCGGUGUUGGAACAGGACUGGGACCUGGAUUUGGAACAGGUGUGGGACCUGGAUUAGGGGGUGGUUUUGGAACAGGAUCGGGACCGGGAGUUGGGAGUGGUGUUGGAACAGGAGUGGGACCUGGAACUGGAGGUGGUGUUGGAACAGGAGUGGGACCUGGAGUUGGGGGUGGUGUUGGAUCAGGAGUGGGACCUGGAGUAGGGGGUGGUGUUGGAACAGGAGUGGGACCUGGGGUUGGGGGUGGUGUUGGAACAGGAAUGGGACCUGGAUUUGGAACAGGAGUGGGACCUGGAUUUGGAACAGGAGUGGGACUUGGAAUAGGUUAUGGUCCUGGCUCAGCCAAAGCACGCAAAUAUGGACCUGGUGGAACUGGAGCUGGCUUCAGCACUGGAGGGGGCACAGGUGAUGGCUAUGGGUUUGGUCCAGGCACUGGUUCAGCUGGAGGCGCUGGAGGUGGACAGCUAGGAGGAGUCAGUCUUAGGACAGGAGUGGGACCUGGCUCAGGGAUUGGUUUUGGUCUGGGUGGUGCUGCCACUGGAAUUGGACCAGGUGGUCAAGGCUACGGUCCAGGUGGAACUGGCACAGGAAUUGGAAGACCAGGAACUGGACCUGGAGGGAAUUAUAAUAUAGGUUAUGAUGCAGGUGCCAAAGCUCGUAAAUAUGGAAUGUUAAGUGGGAUGCUUGGAGGUCUAGGAUUAGGACCAGGCGAAGCUGCUACUGGAUAUAGGCCAGGUGGAGUCUCGCCAGGUGGCACUGGAACUGGCUAUGGACCAGGAGGAGUCGGGCCAGGUGGUGCUGGAACUGGCUAUGGACCAGGUGGAGUCGGGCCAGGUGGUGCUGGAACUGGCUAUGGGCCAGGAGGAGUCGGGUCAGGUGGUCCUGGAACUGGCUAUGGGCCAGGAGGAGUUGGGACUGGUGGCGCUGGAACUGGCUAUGGACCAGGAGGAGUCGGGCCAGGUGGUGCUGGAACUGGCUAUGGACCCGGAGGAGUCGGGCCAGGUGGUGCUGGAACUGGCUAUGGGCCAGGAGGAGUUGGGACUGGUGGUGCUGGAACUGGCUAUGGACCAGGAGGAGUUGGGCCAGGUGGCGCUGGAACUGGCUAUGGACCAGGAGGAGUCGGGCCAGGUGGUGCUGGAACUGGCUAUGGGCCAGGAGGAGUUGGGACUGGUGGUGCUGGAACUGGCUAUGGACCAGGAGGAGUUGGAACUGGUGGUGCUGGAACUGGCUAUGGACCAGGAGGAGUUGGGCCAGGUGGUGCUGGAACUGGCUAUGGACCAGGAGGUUCCAAAGCCCAAAAAUAUGGAGUGCCUGAGGGAGUGGGAGGUACCCUUGGUGCUGGAGGACUUGGCAGUGGUCCUGGACUGGGAGUUGGUGGAGGGAUUCCUGGACAAGGUGUUGGGCUGGCGACUGGUGGAGGUCCUGGCUCAGGGGUUGGGACAGCAGGGACCACUGGUUCUAGUUUUGGAACAGGAGGAAGACCAUUUGGCUUUGGACCAGGCAGUGUUGGAGGACAUCCUGGUGGGGCCAAGUCUCUCAAAUAUGGGCUUCCUGGUGGUGGAGGAGCUCCUGGAUCUGGUUUGGGUGGAAGGUUUGGUGUCACAACGGCAGGCACCUAUGGUCCAGGGAGUGGGGGAGCACUGGGAACAGGGUUAGGAUAUGGACCGGGAGCUGGAUCAGUACCUGGAACUGGUUAUGGACCAGGUGGAGGUUACACAGGACCAGGGACUGGAUAUGGACCAGGUUAUGGAACAAAAGUGAAACCUGCUAAAUACGGUCAAAGCGGUGGUGUACUUGGAGGUGGAGCAGGACGAGGUGGUUAUGGACCAGGAGGCUUUGGACCAGGGACAGGAGGUGCAGUGCAACCAGGAGGAGUAGCACCUGGUGCAGGAGCAGGUACCAGUCCAGGUGUUUCAGGGAACAGCACCAGUGGCGCAGCGUCAAGUGGGCCAGGAGAAAGGUUUGGAGGCCCAAGUGGAACACCGCCACCAUCACCAGAAGCUGAUAAUGUAAAUGCCAGUGGGAUAGAGGGCUCUGGAAUACCAGGUGAAGGAGGCACUGGUGUAGCUGGAAGGCCAGUUGGUGGUGAUGGAGAUGGUCUGAAUGGAACAGGAAUCCCCAUCAUUGGAGUGAAACCUGGAUUCAAUGGGAGCACAAUUUCAGUUUCCACAGGAGAUACUCCUGCUGGUGGUGUGGUUGCUAAACCUAGUGUAAGGCCAGGAUUUGGAGGGACAGCACUUCCCCCUAGAGGUCCUGGUGGUGACCUCUCUAGCAGAGCCCUGCCUGAUGCAAAACCCCUCAAACCUCCAGGUGUUCCUAGAGGAGACACACCAGGUGAAGGAGAUAGAGAAGGCAGUCCUGAUGGGGAGAUAGAUGGCUCAGUUGGAAGACCAGGUGGAGUUGGAGGAAGUCCCACUGGUUCAGGAUCAGCCGGAGGAGUUUCGGGUGGAGUAAUGGGAGUCGGACGAGGUGACAGUCCUGGUGGUGGAACUGGAGUUCAAUCAGGAGGUAUAACCACCGCUGUAGGAGGAACACCAAAGCCACCCCAAGCAUAUGGACAUGAUGGAACUCCAGCAGGAGGUGGGUCUGUUGGAGUUGGAGGGCUAGCAGGAGGAGUUGGAGGAGGUCCUGGAGUAACAAGCUUGGUACCUGGGGCUUCUGACUCUGGUGGAGUUGCAUCUGGAGUCCCAAAACCUGGAAAAAGCUAUGGUGCUGGUGGAGUUGGACUUUUACCAGGUGGAGGCGUACGGUACCCCAGUGGAGCCGGAGUGGGACAAGGAGCAGGAAAAGCAGGAAAAGCAUAUGGUGCUCGUGGAGCAGGAGGCCUAGGUGGGCUAGGACCUGGAGGUUACGGGACUGGAACAGGUGGCUAUGGUACAGGACCUGGUGGAUUUGGAACAGGACCUGGAGGUUAUGGAGGGCAAACAGGAAGUGGAUCCGCUGGUGGUCCUGGAGGUAUAGGGACUAUUGGUGUGGGAACUGGUCCAGGAAGAGCAGCAGGACCAGGAAGAGUUGAUAGUGGACUGGGAGGAUAUGGUGGUGGCGUAAGACCAGAUGGUUCUCGAUAUGGGACAGGUCCAGGAAUUGGAAAACCCCCCAAAAGUUAUGGAAUAGGAGGUGCUGGUACUGCAUUUGGACCUGGCAGUUAUGGAAUAGGACCAGGGGGAGUUGGUCUUGGUCCUGGUGGGUUUGGACCUGGCACUGGUGGCACAGGACUGGGUGGUGCAGGAACUGGACCUGGUAGUUUUGGGCCAGGUGGUGUUGGCCCAGGACCAGGUGGAUAUGGACCAGGUGGAGCAGGGGUCAUCCCUGGUGUUUAUGCUGCUGGAGGUCAAGGACUGGGUACAAGAAAACCACAAAAGACAGGUUAUGGAUCAUCAUUGGGUGGUGCUGGCUUUGGACAAGGUACAGGAUUUGGACCUGGAGGACCAGGCACUGCACCUGGCAGAUAUGGACCAGGCGGUGUUGGGACAGGACCCGGGUUUGGACCAGGUGGUGUUGGGACAGGACCCGGGUUUGGACCAGGUGGUGUUGGGACAGGACCCGGGUUUGGACCAGACAGUGUUGGGACAGGAACUGGGUUUGGACCAGGUGGUGUUGGGACAGGACCCGGGUUUGGACCAGGCAGUGUUGGGACAGGAACUGGGUUUGGACCAGGCGGUGUUGGGACAGGAACUGGGUUUGGACCAGGCGGUGUUGGGACAGGACCCGGGUUUGGACCAGGCGGUGUUGGGACAGGAACUGGGUUUGGACCAGGCGGUGUUGGGACAGGAACUGGGUUUGGACCAGGUGGUGUUGGGACAGGAACUGGGUUUGGACCAGGUGGACAAACAUUAGGAAAACAAAAACCUUCUAAAUCUGGUUACGGCGGAACUGGUUAUGGAACAGGAGGUGUUGGAGGUGGUACUGGUCCUGGAGACACUGGAACUAGACCUGGAAGCUUUGGUCCCGGAGGAUAUGGACCAGGUGGAGCUGGGACAGGUCCUUCUGGUGGCUUUGUUCAAGGAGGUGUUGGACCUGGUGGUUUGGGUCCAGGAGGUGCUGGUACUGGUGGUUUUGGUCCAGGUGGUGCUGGAAGCUUACCAGGGGGUUUUGGACCUGGUGGCCAAAAUCUUGGAACAAGAAAGCCUGCUAAAUCUGGAUAUGGUUCAUCUUUGGGUGGAACUGGAUAUGGACCAGGAACAGGAGGUCUUUCUGGACCAGGAACAGGAGGUGCCAUAGGGGGAGGUCCGGGUACUGGUGUGGGGGGCCCAGGGGGAGCAGGAGGAACAAGCCAGACUGUAGGAGGAGUCGCUGGCCUUCCAGCAGGGGGUGCUGGUCCGGGAUAUGGUGGAGUAGCAGGAGGAGUAUAUCCAGGAUAUGCAGGAACUGGACAAAAAUCUAAGGCACAGAAGGCAGCUAAAUAUGCAGCCAUGCAGGCCUUUCUUGGAGGCUACAGAGGUGCUGGCUGUCAGGGUAACUACUGCGGGAGGAGGAGGAAGUGAGAACCCAACCGCCAGGAGGUGACCUCACUGAAACAGCAGUGGUGCUAUAGCAUGAUUACAGAUUGUGAAGCUCUUGUCUUUCUCAAACGUGGCGGCCUCAUCGUGUUCCUCAUAGCCUAGAAUUUACACAAGAUCCACUCUGAGGAAAAAAGUGUUUUUCUGAUGUAUUAUUUGUUUUAAUUCAGCUGUUUGAAUGCAUCGUAGCUCAAUGUUCACCCUUAAAUCAACAUAUUGAGACUAAAGAAGUUAGUAUGAUUUUUUUUCUAUAUUAUUUUUAGUGUUCAGUGUUUUUGUGGAUCCAUUCCAUUAGAGGCAGAAGCUGAAAUAAAGAGUCUUAUCAGCAAGGCCAAGCUGUUGGGAAAAAAGCUUCUUUUUUUUUUUUAAAGAAAUGUGUUGAGUAUGAUUUGUGUUACUGAGCAAGAAUUUUAAUGCACUGUGCCAGAAGCCAAGGACUCCCUCAGGGCGGCUCCCUUCGACCUGUCUGCAUGCUGACACAGUGUUAAAAAACACUCUAUAAUGGUUAUCUUGGGUGUUCGUUGUUUCACCUUUAUUUAUGCUGCCGGUUCAACAUCCUCCUCACUUAAUUCAAAAUCAAGAAUGGAUAAUGAGGAAAGCAAAAUUCAAACUGCAGUUAUUUCAGGGUCAGACAAAAAAAAUGGACUUUGCAAUGUUUCUUUCUAGACUUUGUUGUCUGCUCUUUAUCUGAUCUUUGAAAAGUUUCCUCUGCUCUUGUCAUUGUUCUUAGAAUCUGCAGAUGUUAACUCUUGUUCCUCAAAUUUUCAGUUUUCUUUACAAACACAAACAUGUUUAAAGUGCUUUUUUGAGCAAAUGCAUUUAAUGCUGAUAAAGCCUUUCCAUUUAAUGUGAGGUAUUUUGACUAAAGCACAUGACGGUGCAUUCAAAUGACAUCCGAGUUUUGAAAAUGAUGUUUUUCUUCUUUUUGAUGUACCUCCAUAAACACUGUUUGCAUUUACUAGAGUUUUAAAAUUAUGCUGAGAAGUUCAUUUAGACUCAUUUUACAACAUAAUUGACCAACUUCCUCUUUGAUUAGGUGUUUUUAUGGUUUUGAACCUCCUGCAACACCUUUAUAUAAAUAAAAGUGCUUAGUUUUCUACUACGUCCUUAAAUGUGUUUUGAAUUGCAAUGCAGUCUAGAUGUAUUAAAAAACAAGAACCUGAGUUUUAGUAUGUGCUUGUAGCUAUAUUUGUGCAACUUAACUUGUUUUAAAUUCUCUGUUAUUUUGCCUGAGGAAAACAAUGCACUUUUGUACAUUUUUUUGAAGUAAAAAGAUGACCAAUAAUGCC